AUGUCCUACACAUCCACAUCCACAUGGGAGCAAAUUUCAUUUGGUAGACGGAGUGUCUUGGUGGUGUUGGGCUUGGUCGUCGGGUCGGCCCACAGCAGCUGCCUGAGCGGAGGCUGUGGCGGAGGAUCCUCUGGUGGCGUCAGCCGCUCCUACGGAGGACCCACCAAUAGCUUCGGAGGAGGAGGAGGAUCCUUUGGAGGCGGAUCCUUCGGCGGAGGAGGAGGUGGAUCCUUCGGGGAGGAUCCUUUGGAGGCGGAUCCUUCGGGGGAGGAUCCUCUGGAGUGGUUCGGAGGUUCUGGAGGUGGCGGUGGAGGAGGAAUAAGUACAAGGUAUGGAGGACCAACCAAUAGCUUCGGAGGAGGAGGUGGCGGUGGCUCCUUUGGGGGAGGAGGAUCCUUCGGAGAUGGUGGCGGAUCCUUCGGAGGAGGAUCCUUUGGAGGUGGAUCCUUCGGGGGAGGAUCCUUUGGAGGAGGUUCUGGAGGUGGUGGUGGAGGAGGAAUAAGUACCAGUUAUGGAGGACCAACCAAUAGCUUCGGAGGAGGUGGCGGUGGCUCCUUUGGGGGAGGAGGAUCCUUCGGAGGUGGUGGCGGAUCCUUCGGUGGUGGGUCCUCUGGAGGAGUAAGCACAAGUUAUAGUGGACCAAGGAAUAACUUUGGAGGAGGAGGUGGCAGAGGAUCCUUCGGCGGAGGCAGCGGUCGCUUCGGUGGCGGAUCUUCUGGCGGAAGAGGUGGAGGAGGAUCCUUCGGUAGAGGAGGAGGCGGCGGUCGCUUCGGUGGCGGAAGGGGCGGCGGAGGAUCCUUCGGCGGCGGAGUGAGCAACACUUACAGCGGCCCAAGCAAUAACUUCGGAGGCUCUGGCGGAGGCGAAUAA